UAAACAGGAACUACUGACCAUCUCCAAUGUUGCUGUGGCAGAGUGCCCCCCCUCUCCGCCUCGCACCGCACCCCCCACCAUGAAGUCAGCUAAUUUCUUUGACCAGAUGGAGCAGGUCCCAGAGGCUGCAGAGAUGAAGGCCGUCCCUCAGAGACAGAAGGCACGUCUGUCCAUCUUCAAGUUCUCACGUCUGUCUGUCUUCAAGUCCUAACAUCUGUCCAUCUUCAAGUCCUAACAUGUGUCCGUCUUCAAGUCCUCACGUCUAUCCAUCUUCAAGUCCUAACAUGUGUCCGUCUUCAAGUGCUAACAUGUGUCCAUCUUCAAGUCCUCACGUCUGUCCAUCUUCAAGUCCUCACGUCUGUCCGUCUUUAGGUUCUUUUAAUUUAUUUGCUCAUAAAAAGCAGAGCAGACCUGAAAUGAGAUUUAACGUUGUGACUGUGACAGUGUCUUUGUCCUCAUCAGGUUCAUGUGUUCAUAUGUGUGUUGAAGACACGUGUGUGUGUGUGUGUUACUUCCUUGUCUUUGUCUUUCAGGACGACUACAUUCCUUAUCCCCGGAUUGAGGAGGUGUUGGAGAGGGGGGGGCCGUACCCUCAGGUGAUCCUGCCUGAGUUCGGAGGUUACUGGAUCGAGGAUUCUGAGGCUCCUCAUGCUGCGGGGGAGGAGGGGGGGGCGUUGGGAGGAGCAGAGGAGGAAGAAGAGACACCUGCAGGGCAUUAUGGGUACCGCCUGGAGGACAAGGACGAGGCGGUGCGGGCGUACAGGAAGCACUUCCUAGGCCGGGAACAUCUCAACUUCUCAUGUUCGCUGAGCAUUCUGGGAAAUCUGCUAAUGUCAGUAAGACACGAGGAGGAGAGGGAGCAGGAGUACCUGCACGUUAUCAUCAGGUCUCGACUAAAAAGUGUUUAUCAGAGACUGACACUGACCGAACUGACCGACAUCCCCAGUGUCCCAGAGCUCGCCAAGCUGUUGUGUGAUGAAGCCACAGACCUGAGGUUCAGUCCCGUCCUCUACCCGAAGGCGUCGCAGCUGAUCUUAAACUAUGACGAGCACCAGGUCAACAACACGUUCAAGUUCGGAGUCAUUUUGCAGAGAUUUGGACAGGUGUCGGAGGAGGAGCUGUUCAGGAACACCGAGGAGACGUCAGCGUUCACAGAGUUCCUGCAGCUGCUCGGAGACACAGUGGAGCUGCAGGACUUCAAAGGUUACCGGGGGGGUCUGGACGUGUCCCAUGGACAGACGGGUUCUCAGUCCGUCUACACUGUCCACAGACAACAGGAGAUCAUGUUCCACGUCUCCACCCGACUGCCUUUCACCGAGGGAGACGCACAACAGCUUCAGAGGAAACGCCACAUUGGAAAUGACAUCGUGGCGUUGGUGUUCCAAGAAGAAGCCACGCCCUUCGUCCCCGACAUGAUCGCCUCCAACUUCCUCCACGCCUUCGUCCUGGUGCAGGUGGACCAGCCCGGCUCCGGCAGCACCAGCUACACGGUGUCCGUCACAGCACGAGAAGACGUCCCUCCGUUCGGCCCACCCCUCCCAAAUCCGGCCGUCUUUAAGAAGGGUCCAGAGUUCAGAGAGUUCCUUCUCACGAAGCUCAUCAACGCAGAGUUGGCCUGUUACAGGAGCGAGCGCUUCGCCCGACUGGAGGAGCGUACUCGCGCCGCCCUGCUGGACAGCCUCCACGACGAGCUGCAGAGACGCUCCCAGAGCAUGCUGGGUAUAUCAUCAGGUCUGGAGGAGGACGCUCGAGCUGACAACGGACACCCCCACGGAGGACUGCUGGAGUCCAUCAAGAGGGCGAUGCGAGGACGGAGCGUCUCCAUGGAGACGAUGUCGCGCGGCGCGGCGGGUCUGCCCACCAGUCUGAGUGGGGGGGGUCUGGCACACAUGAGCAUGGAGUGUAACGUCCGGUCUCCUGUGAAGCGGCGCUCGGGGCUUUUCCCUCGUCUGCUGAGCAUCGACAGCCAGACAGAGAAACACAACCAGCGAAGUGUCCUCAGCGAGCAGAGGAGCUUCGACAGCUGCCAGCCCGCCCCGGGGGGGGGCUCCGAGCUGCCGUCCAAUCCCAGCUCUCCAGAGGCGGGACACCGGGACAGGAUUCACGUGAAGGAGAGCAGUCGGAUCUCCAGAUCAACGUCCAGCAGCUGCAGCUUCGGACCAACAGCUGACGACCCCCCCCUGCUGAGACCUCACACCACCACGCAGGCUGCAGAGGGUCAAAGUUCAGGUCCCCUCAUUGUCUGUCACAGCCCAAUAGAGACGAAAAACAAAAACUCUCCGAGAUCAAAUCUCAAGUUUCGAUUCGACAAGCUGAGCCACUCUGCUGCACAGGGACACUAGACUCAGGAACCUCAGCAGUGGGUCACGAGUGCUGAGUUUCCACCACAACAUGGAGGAGGAGGAGUAGUAGGAGGACCAGGAGGAGGAGGAGGAGGACCAGGAGGAGGAGGAGGAGGAGGUGAAAUCUGAUCACAAACGCACCUGUGUGCUGACUCAUUCCUGAGCUCAUCACAUCAACAAUAAAUAUCUGAACCCAACAUGUCUUUACCACGGAGGACAAAACUAAAUGUGUCCAAACAGCAGAGAAAGACAGAGACUGUUUGACAGGAGGCCUGGUCCUGGUCCUGGUCCUGGUCCUGGUCCUGGUCCUGGUUCACUUUUUCUUUUCACUGGAUUGAUUACAGUUGAAUUCUAAAGUGUUGUUAUUGAUUAAGAUUACAUUUAUUUAUCAUGUUUAAAUAUUAAUUCAGACGUGAUUCUGAACAUAUUUAAUUCACGAGAAUAGUUUUAUACUUUUACUUGGGUAUUUCUACACUGUGGUACUUUUCCUGAAGUAAUCUGAGUACUUCCUUCAUCACAGGUUGCAGUCAGUGUAAAUACAAUAGAUUGGUAUUAAUCACGUUCUUUGUAAAAGUAAACACCUAUUGUCCUGUGACAUCCCUCACUUGACUAUUUAAAAUCCAGUUCACAACAGAAACCGUUCAUACAGAUGCAACACAGUGACAUCACAGAGUGCCAGAGAACACAGUGACAUCACAGAGUGCCAGAGUAAACAGUGACAUCACAGAGUGCCAGAGUAAACAGUGACAUCACAGAGCUCCAGAGUAAACAGUGACAUCACAGAGCUCCAGAGUAAACAGUGACAUCACAGAGCUCCAGAGAACACAGUGACAUCACAGAGCUCCAGAGUAAACAGUGACAUCACAGAGCUCCAGAGUAAACAGUGACAUCACAGAGCUCCAGAGAACACUGUGACAUCACAGAGCUCCAGAGUAAACGUGUGUCACUCACUCUCUUCUCACACUGAGUCAUGAUGUGAUGUCACAUGAGUGUCACACACGUGAUGUCAUCAACAUGUUCACAUUGCUUUCUAUCGUUCACUGGUUGUAGAUGUUUGUUUCCGCUGGAACAGAUUCACACGAUGUCUGAAUGUCUUGAUUAAAUUGUCUUUUGAAAGCACUAAAUCACAAA